UAGACAAAACUAUUUUGUGAAACAGUAGUCCAAUUGCAGAGAGGAAGAUGUUUUCCAAAAUUGUGCUAGUGGUGUUUUUUUUCUUCGUGAAUAGUAGUUUUGCUCACCCUAAGAGUCCAUUGAAUCCUUCAUUUCAGGGCUGGGAUACUUUUUUUGGGAGUAAUUUGACAUCUUUGAUACAUUUAUUUCACAGUGAUGGGAAGAGUUACUACUUUGGUUUCCAUUUUAAGGCUACAUAUUUCCAAGCAGCCCAAUUCUGUGAAGAUAUUCAUAUGAAACUUGUCACCAUCGAGAACGCCGAAGAAAAUAACAGGCUCUAUAAAUAUGUUAGAGAUUCUAAUAAAGGUGAUUUGUUUUGGACCUCUGGAUCGAAAUUACUAGAUGGAAAGCAUUGGAUAUGGAUGUCUAAAGGCCAACCAAUCGAAUACACCAACUGGGCUCCCGGAAAUCCAGACAGUCAAACUGAACACUGCAUUGCAGCGUUUCAUAGCAAGAACGUUGGCCUCACUUGGACUGAUAGAGACUGCUUGGUGCAGUUGGGUUUCAUAUGCGAACGGAGAGUACCAGCCAACGACACGCCUGAAGCGAAUACUGAGGUUACACAUUGGAAAAGCAUAUACGAGAAUCCGUUUAUGUCCGCCAAUGUACCACUGUUUCACUUGAACAACAAGAGCUAUUUCCUAGGAAGAUAUUUUAAGGGAACCUUCCAAGAAGCACUUCAAAUAUGCAAAAUGAUGCAUAUGGAUCUUGUAUCUGUCACAUCCAAGGAAGAAAAUGACAGAAUUUACAAAUAUAUUCGCGACACAAAUGGCGGUGACAUCUUCUGGACUUCCGGCUCCAGAAUGAUAGACGGGACUACUUGGGUAUGGAUGUCGUUAGCUCAGGUCAUAGACUAUACAAACUGGUACACGGGCCAACCCGACAGUCCAGUAGAUCAUUGCCUCAACCUCUCGUUCCAGAAAGACAAAGGCUUGUUCUGGACAGACGCAGCUUGCGUGUUGCGUUACGCAUAUAUCUGCGAAAAACCUAGAGAGAGAAUCCUGUUUGAAAGGAAUGGGAUUGUUACAAGUCAACAAGCCUUCGAGAACCUGAAACAUGCUUAUUCUGCUCUUAUACAAAUGGAAAGUCGAAGUUACUAUUUGGGGACUCACUUUAAGAUAACACAGUUGGAGGCUUCUCAGUUCUGCCAACGUAAUCACAUGCAACUAGUCAGUAUCACAACUGAAGAAGAGGAUGAAGAAAUUCGCCAAUUGCUUCUUCAUCACAGUGCAGAGGCAAAUAGCUAUUGGAUAUCUGCUCGCAAAUUAAACGAGAAAGAUAAAUGGACUUGGUCAACUGGAACAAGUUUGACAUACUCGAACCUCAAGUUUAAAAAUUCCGACUCAAACAAAGACCUAUUUUGUAUCGAAAUUUUCUCGAAUGGCACGUGGAGUGAGCAGUCUUGCGACGAAGAACGUUAUUUCAUAUGUGAGAAAACCGCUGGGGUGAAAACUUGUCCUAAAGUCCCUCCAAUACUGAAUAUUUAUGUUAAUAAUGAGUCUGCGGCCAAAAACGUUAGCCUGCCUUAUGCUUACUUUAAAAUAGCCAAUGCUACGUUUGAUACAAUCCCAGAAAUUCCAGAUCCGUUUUAAUUAGUAUUAUGUGUGUGCGAUUGUUAAAAAGUUACAUUGUAUUUAAUAAAUGUUCAUAAAUGUCUAAUAAAUACCAUUUACAUCACA